AAACCUCGAAGCAUUGACUUCCCCAAAAAUGGCGUCAGACCAAGACUUCCAAAUCAGCGGCCGUGCUGUCUUCUUGACCGUCGUCCUCUUUGCUAUCGUCCUUAUAUUCAUUCUUAUUUUCAUCUACGGUCGGUGGAUAUGUAGCUCCCGCCAUCCACAAGAGCUAUCACAAAGCUCCCACGCGCCUCCGCCUCCUGCGCCGCGGCAGCCUCCAGGACUGGACUCCGAUACGAUCAAUGCGUUGCCGUUGACUAUUGCGACGAGCGGGAGUGAGUGUUUUAUAUGCCUUGGAGUGUUUGGAGAUGGUGAGAAAGCUAAGGUUCUGCUCAUUGUCAACACUUUUCAUCCUGAGUGUGUUGACAGGUGGUUGAGUUCUGAGUCGAGUUGCCCACUCUGUAGAACUUCUCUCCGAGUUGAAUCAGAUCGGGUUCUUCAUCAGAAUAUUUCGGUCAUUAAUGUAACUCAAUGAAUUUGUUCAAUGAAU